AUGACGACUCCUGCAUCUACAAAAGAAGAUACACCACAGAAUGUGGUAAUACACGCCUUCUCAUCGCCUGGACAAGCUCCUGACGUUCGUCUGAAUGCACUUGGCAUUAACGAGUUCCACGUCCAUUCAUUCCUUCUUAAACACCAUUCUGCCUUCUUUCGGAAAUUUCUGGAUUCCCCCGACAAGCAACAAGGCGAUAACCCGAGAAAUGCUGAAGAACUUACCGCGGUCAAAAUGCGAGCAGGAAAGGUCACCAAGUUCCGGUACGAAUGGGUUACUCAAUUUGAUGAAGUUGGAAGGGGUUGGCAUUUAGUGGCGGCUUCCAAUAUGCAGAGUGACAAUCCCAGUCCAUAUACCUACACACAACGUCGAUUCCAGGCAGAACUAUUUCGGGAACUUCUUUGUGCUAUCUACAACCGGCCUUACGAAAUAUAUGCCCCCAGGCAGCUGAUAUCUUUGGUGGAAAUGGCGGAUUACUACUGCAUGCUUCCCACUCUAUCUUCCACCUUGGAUGGUGUUCUUCACAAGAGUAAGAGGUAUAUUGCACCUCUAUUGGACGUAGAAGCCUUACAACUACUACCAGUUGCAGCAAAGGUGAGGAAUGAACUUCUGUUUCGGGAAUGCCUCCUCUUCGUCCUCGGCCCUUAUGACGAACCCCGAUUCACUCAACUCGAUGAUCCUAAAUUAGAGGAUGUUGCCGAACUUGCCUUCACAAAGCUUUUCGCUAGGAUCGGCCAGUCUCGAAAAAAGUUGUGGGAUCUGGCAAUCUUUGAUGAUACGAUAAUAGACCAGGUGGCAUCAAAUGAUAAAGUACAGGCCUUAAGCUCUUGUGCGAAGAUGGCACUUAGUCCAGAGGGAAGAGGUGUUCAAUUCCCAGCUUACUAUCGAGCAUUGUUGGAUGUCCAGCUCUCCGAUACUUAUCCAUUCAGGGAAAGUCUUGCUAGUUUAACGCGUUGCGAUCUGGAGUUGGUAGGAAAUAUUCAGGCAGGGGUGGGUGAUUACAGUAGACAUUUCUUCUGUGGCUUUCUCCUGGAAAGCGAUCUUCCAUGGGACCCAACGGAGACUGAUUGGUGA